GUAACUGUGGAGAGUAAUGGCAUGUGUGUAGUGCUGAGAUCUACACAAACCUUCAUACGCUGUGGAAAUUAUCGUAGUCUUGGCUUAACUUCUGUAGCUCUUCGAAAAGCAAGCUGGGUGAAAGACACGUGGAGAAAAAUAAGCAGUCUUCUGAAAUUCUAAUUUAAAACUGUCAUAUUUCGUUUCCAGUCGGGAAAGACAUUUUUUACUGGACAUGUAAAUUAAAGGAGUUAGCCCUUCACCAAAAUGAAGCUAGCCGUUUCCCUGUAUUGCUUCGGCUUUCUUUCGACUUUAAUUGUGCUUCGUGUGAGAUCUUCACAGUCAGUAUGCACUGGUACUGAAAACAAGCUGAGCACGCUGUCGGAUCUGGAACAGCAGUACCGCACCCUGCGCAAGUAUUACGAGAACUGCGAAGUUGUAAUGGGUAACCUGGAGAUCACUAGCAUCGACCGAAAGCGUGACCUCUCCUUCCUAACGUCCAUCCGAGAGGUGACAGGCUAUGUUCUGGUGGCACUGAACCAGUUUGAGUACUUGCCUUUGGAGAACCUGCGCAUCAUACGGGGCACCAAGUUGUAUGAGGACCGUUACUCCCUGGCCAUCUUCCUCAAUUAUCGCCGAGAUGGCAACUUUGGCCUGAGACAGCUGGGUCUCAAGAACCUCACAGAGAUCCUUAACGGUGGCAUCUAUGUGGACCAAAACAAGUUCCUGUGCCAUGCUGACACAAUUCACUGGCAAGACAUCGUCAAGAACUACCGCUCUGAGCUGCUGGUGGUGCCCACAAACAGCAGUGCGGGAUGUGGACGGUGCCACAGAACAUGUAACGGUCGCUGCUGGGGCCCCCGGGAGGACCAGUGCCAGACCUUGACGAAGAUGAUAUGUGCUGAGCAGUGUGAUGGCCGCUGCUUUGGCCCUUACGUCAGUGAUUGCUGCCACAGGGAGUGUGCUGGUGGCUGUUCUGGCCCCAAAGACACUGACUGCUUUGCCUGCACAAACUUCAAUGACAGCGGUGCCUGUGUCACCCAGUGCCCCCAGCCUUUUGUCUACAACCCCACAACCUUCCAACUGGAGCACAACCCCAAGGCAAAAUACACCUACGGGGCAUUCUGUGUCAAAAAAUGUCCGCAUAACUUUGUUGUAGACCACAGUUCCUGUGUGCGUGCCUGUCCCAGCAAUAAAAUGGAGGUGGAAGAAAACCGCAUCAAAAUGUGCAUUCCCUGCACUGAUAUAUGCCCAAAAGCAUGUGAUGGCAUAGGAACUGCCAGCCUACAGACAGCACAGACCGUGGAUUCAAGCAACAUUGAUAAGUUUCUCAACUGCACUAAGAUCAACGGCAACCUAGUCUUCCUCAUCACUGGCAUCAAAGGGGAUGUGUAUCAUGGCAUUGAGGCACUGGAUCCAGAAAAGCUCAAUGUGUUCCGCACAGUCAGGGAGAUCACAGGUUUUCUGAAUAUCCAGUCCUGGCCAGAGAACAUGACAGAUCUCAGUGUGUUCUCCAACCUGGCCAUCAUAGGAGGAAGGGCUGUCUAUAGUGGAAUCUCCCUGUUGAUCCUCAAGCAGCAGUGGAUCUCCUCCCUCCAGCUACAGUCCCUGAGUGAGAUCAGUGCGGGAAAUGUCUACAUUACCAACAACAGCCAACUCUGCUAUUACAACACAGUAAAUUGGACCCGCCUGUUUCGAACUGGCAGCCAGAAGGCCUUGAUACGCAACAACCGUGACCCAAAGGAAUGUACCCAGGACCAGAUGGUGUGUGACCCACUGUGUUCUGAUGCCGGCUGCUGGGGUCCUGGGCCAGCCCAGUGCCUGUCCUGCCGAUUUUUCAAGAGGGGUCGCCAAUGUGUGGAAUUCUGCAAUCUGUAUGAGGGGGAUGUCCGCGAGUUUGCCAACGGUUCUGUGUGUGUGGAGUGUGACAGCCAAUGUGAAAAGGUUGAGGACAACGCAUUGACCUGCCACGGCCCGGGCCCUGACCAGUGUGUAAAAUGUGCACACUUCAAAGAUGGUCCCAACUGCGUAGAUAAAUGCCCAGAUGGGCUACAGGGUGCAAGCAGCUUCAUCUUCAAGUACGCUGAAGCCAACAAAGAGUGCCGCCCCUGUCACUCCAACUGUACCCAGGGGUGCCUUGGGCCACGGAUCCAAGACUGUGUGGGGUUGAUGGACAGGACCCCCCUUAUCGCAGCUGGGGUGAUCGGGGGUUUGUUUGUGGUAGUAAUAUUAGCCCUGAGUAUGGCCGUCUACGUUCGGCGCAAGAGCAUCAAGAAGAAGAGGGCCCUGAGACGCUUUCUUGAGACAGAGCUGGUGGAGCCCCUUACACCCAGUGGAACAGCCCCAAACCAAGCUCAACUACGCAUACUGAAGGAGACAGAGCUAAAGCGGCUGAAAGUGUUGGGGUCAGGGGCCUUCGGCAUAGUCUAUAAGGGUAUCUGGGUGCCAGAGGGGGAAACAGUAAAGAUUCCUGUUGCAGUAAAGAUACUGAAUGAGACAACGGGACCCAAGGCCAAUGUGGAGUUCAUGGACGAGGCCCUGAUCAUGGCCAGCAUGGACCAUCCUCACCUGGUGCGACUUCUGGGUGUCUGCCUGAGUCCCACAAUCCAGCUGGUAACACAGCUCAUGCCCCAUGGUUGCCUACUGGACUAUGUGCAUGAGCAUAAGGACCAUAUUGGCUCCCAGCUGCUACUUAACUGGUGUGUCCAGAUUGCCAAGGGAAUGAUGUACUUGGAAGAGCGUAGGCUGGUGCACAGAGACCUGGCUGCCCGCAACGUGCUGGUGAAGUCGCCCAGCCACAUCAAGAUAACCGACUUUGGGCUUGCUCGGCUGCUGGAUGCUAAUGAAAAGGAGUACAAUGCAGACGGGGGCAAGAUGCCCAUAAAGUGGAUGGCUUUGGAAUGCAUCCACUACAGGAAGUUCACUCACCAGAGUGAUGUGUGGAGCUAUGGAGUGACCAUAUGGGAACUGAUGACAUUUGGGGGGAAGCCAUAUGAAGGGAUUCCCACCCGUGAAAUCCCAGACAUCCUAGAGAAAGGGGAGCGGCUACCUCAACCCCCAAUCUGCACCAUUGAUGUCUAUAUGGUCAUGGUCAAAUGCUGGAUGAUUGAUGCAGACAGUAGACCUAAGUUCAAGGAACUGGCAGCAGAAUUUUGCAGAAUGGCUCGAGACCCACAACGCUACUUGGUUAUUCAGGGUGAUGACCGCAUGAAGUUGCCUAGCCCCAAUGAGAGCAAGUUUUUCCAAAGUCUACUGGUUGAAGGCGAGCUUGAUGACCUGAUGGAUGCUGAUGAGUACUUGGUACCACAUACCUUUAACCUGCUCCCACCGUCUUGUACAUCCCGACCUCAAGUCGACACAAAUCGGAACCAGUUUGUGUACCAAGAUGGGACCUUUGGUGCUGAGGAGAUGAUAGCCCAACCUCAAGAGGGACCUGCUCCAUACAGAGCCUUUACUCAGCAGCAUCCAGGGGCCCAGAGCUUGAUCCAGGAGGACUCACGCCGCAAUGGUUCCUUACUCAAACAGACUUCACCUCAGCCUGGGGAAGACAGCAGCCUCCAGCGCUACAGUGCUGACCCCACAGUAUUCCUGCCAGAACGGGGGCCACGGAGGGAUGCAGAUGUGGAUGGCUACAUGACUUCAAAGCAAGACAAGGUCUCCUCAGCAGAUUAUAUCAAUCCAGUUGAGGAGAAUCCCUUUGUGACACGCUGUAAAAAUGAAGAUAUACAUGUACUGGAUAACGUUAGGUACCAUGGUGCCCCCAAUGGGCAGACUAAUGUAGAGGACGAGUAUGUCAAUGAGCCCCUCUACCUCAAUACUUUCCAUAACCUGGGACAGCAGAGCCAAGAGACUGUGAAUAAAAGUAGGGUUCUUCCUCGUACUGCAGCAUCCACUUUGGCUACUAGCCAAGCACCACAGCCUGGUCAGGCUAGUCACCCCAAUCUCCAACCACAGUCAGGCCAUGCUCACCACCCCACCCAACCCAGUUACAAAGCUCUGCCUAACCAUUCCAUCCACAAUGGCAACCCCAGUCAUCGAAGUCACGGUUUCUACCCAGACCACCUUGGAUAUACCUUACAGCCAAAUUAUACCGCCCACCCUACCCACACUGGCACCAUAAUGGUGGACAAGAAGCCUAAGAAGACCUUUGACAAUCCUGAGUACUGGCAACACAGCCUUCCUCCCAAGGCCAGCCUGCACAACCCAGAGUAUCUGCAGGAAUGCAACACCAAGUUCUUAUACAAACAGAAUGGCCUGAUUAGGCCUGCAGUAGCUGAGAAUGCAGAAUACCUGACAGAGUUCUCUGUCAAGCCUGGGCCAAUGUUGCCACCACCACCCUACCGACAACGGAACACUGUGGUGUAAGAGUUGGAGUAGGAGAUUUGACCUCACGCUCUCUUCUUCACUUUUUCUUCCAAAAACACUUGACACUUUAAAAAUCCUGCCUCCUCAAAACUGGAGUGACAGUCAACAUUAUGAAUCUCCACCCAACUCAACUGGAAACACACCGUCUAUAAGAAAGUAUUCUCUAAAGGAGUGCUAUCGUAACUAUGGGUCAGGCACUUCCACCUCAAUCCCUCUUUUCCCAUACAGAAAACACCCUUCAUACAUCAGUCAACUACUCCCUCCUUUCAAUACUCUUUUCUUUGGAAAUGGGCACUUGUCAAAUUGUUCUGUCACAUACCAUUUGCAAUUUCCACAUUUAAUAUUAUAUUGGUAUAAAAGGGAUAAAAAUCAAAGCAAUGUGACAGUUAUGGGGGUGGUGGUUUGAUAUAAGAUGCAUGUAUUAUUACAUAUGGAAGGUUCAAGGGAACUUUAUGAUAACCUAGACAGGUUUGUGGAUCCUGUCAGCUGUGAUGGAUUACACCGAGAAAAUAUUCAGCAUCAUGCCAUUUAGCAUCAAUAUAUUUUAAACAUAUCCACAUUGGUGUUUCUAUUUUUUCUGAUGUAAUCAAAUAUGCUUUCAUUUGCAUCUUAUUUAAUGUUACUGUUUGUUUUAAAUGCAAAUAAUUUUAUUUAUGUGUAUCUACCAUUACAGUCAACAUGCUUAAUCACAGUGGAUAUAAUGCCUGUUCAUGCAGUAUGGCUACAUUUUUAUAUAUCCUGUUCUAAACCUACUUGUUAUACAUUGUCACCUGCAGUAUUGUUCCUUGCUUUGUAUCAUAAAUACUUUUAAAAUUUUGAAAACACGGGAAAAUACUGGUUUUAUACUUGGGGUUGACAUAGGGCCAUGGCAGUAGCAAUUUCUUUUGAUUUUAGGUAAAAAAAAAAAAAGCAACGAUUCAGCAAAAAUUGAUGAAAGAACACAUGUAGGUCAUAUUUUCAAUGGAUCCUGGUAGCUUCAUAUCAUUCUUAUCAUUUAAUUGACAAAUAGAGGCUUGCUUUUUGAAAUUGGUUUUGUCUUAUUAAAGCAAUACAACAACGGACUUACAUGGUUCACUGAAAUUAAAAAGUACACAGACACAAAAGCAACUGCAUUCAUAUAGUAUUUGAAUUGAAUUGUUCCCUACUUUAAAAAAGAUUAUGAAAAUACUUUCAGGAGAGCUUCUGAUCAUAAGAUGCACAUUGCUUUGAAAUACAAGAAGUCUUUUUCUGAGUGUGCAGGAAGUCGAGACUAUUCUGGCCCAGAAGAGUUGUAGCAGUAGUUCAUACUAAUGCCUUUGGCUAAUCGUCAUUAAAUAAAUAAAUGUAUAAAUUAGAAAUCUGAGCUCUUCAGUGGAUAUGAGAAAUAUGCAAUAUGAAAUAUGAGAAAUACCGUAAUUUUACAGUGCAAUAAAAGAUUUAUCUGACAGUUUUUAACUUAAUCUGGAUAUAAUCCAGGACAAUCCCAAAAUUCAGUAUUCUUUGUCCUAAUCCAGUAGAUUUAAUUCAACACGAAUUACUAUUUUAUUUUAUUUAUAAACAAUGAGAGUAAUAAUGUAUCGAUACAUAUGACCACCGCUUUUAAAUAAAAUUCCAUUGAUAAAACAAGAAAUAUUAAUGCAGUCAUAUGUUCACUUUUUAUAAACUCUAAAAGAAAAAAGAACUCAUAUUGUAGGCAAUUAGAUUUAUUAGAUUUACUAGUGUUUGAUAUUGACAAAUCAUUUAAUUACCACCACAUAAUGUGUCAUUAUAUUUAUAUUUAACCAUGUUACUGAAUAAGAAGCAACAGAAAACUAAUCUUAUUCCACUUAUUUAUAAGAUAUACUGGCGUCAUCAAUAAAAAAAUGUAUAAAGAAUAAGAGACUACUGAAAAGGUUUAAAAUUAUUUUAAAGUACACAUGUCAAUGGCAUAAUUUGUUUCAGAGGAAGCACGUUUUGGUAAACAGUGUCUGUGUGUGCAUAAUGAGGCCCGAGGAAGAGAGCACCAGAUGUCAGAAUGUUAAGCAUUAUGAUUUCAAGCUGGUUUUAUUUUCAGAGAAAAGGAUGAUCCAUAGCACAAAAAGUUGUGAAAUCAGGGAACUGAUUGACAAAUGUACACAUUUACUUUACUAAGUGUUUACCAAUGGGAAAAAACUACACACAGACACAGACAUUCCAGGGAGGACCUUCUGGCUGGAACUCAGAAUAAGCAACUUCACUUUUUCCAGCUUAUCAUUGGGUGCUGAAUAGCCCAGGAUGGUGGCUUAAUGACCAGGUCAGAUGUCUUCUUUCUUUAUGUGGAGUUAAUAAAUGCAAUUAAAAGUAACAGCCUAAGUGGAUGGUAAUUAAAUAUAUUAAAUAUUAAGAAAAAUUGUCUGGCUGUCCCAAGCCUGCACUCUAUGGUCGAUGUUGAUUUUUGGAAUUAUUAUUAUUUGUUAUUAAAUAUAUUAAAUAUUAAGAAAAAUUGUCUGGCUGUCCCAAGCCUGCACUCUAUGGUCGAUGUUGAUUUUUGGAAUUAUUAUUAUUUGUUAUUGUAUUUAAGAAAUGCUUUAAGAGUUCAGGUUUCAUCACAUUGUUGUAGACUUAGUCCAAAAAAGCAAUAUACUGUAGUGUUUGUCACCAGAGCCCCAAGAAUGAGUUCCUCAGGUUAAACAUACAAACACAUACUCCCCCUUCAUUUAUACUUGGCAGCUAAACAACUAUGGAUUUAGUUUUGCUGUGUAGCAGGGAGAUAUUUAGUGAGCCUUGUCACCAAGUUGACUAUGUUGAACUGUCAAAGAAUCUUAACACUAACAUUUUCAAUGAGAAUUCACAAGCAUACAGAAAAUGUAUGUAGCAUACUAUGUCAUGCACUAGGAAUUUUGUUGGUUUCAAUAGAAAAUAUUGAUCAAGGACCAACAUCCCAGCAGUUCAGAUUCAUGAAAAAGUAAGAAAACAAAUGUAGGAAUAAAGAAAAGACAACUUUAGUUGUAAAUUACACUAUUCCACAUCAAAUGUUCACAGUAACGAUUGCCUAACGGGAUCUGGCUCCUGUUAUUCUGUCAAAAUCAUUUUGACCAUUGACAUUCACCUUAUAUUGUAGAAAUAUUUGGAUUGUUAGUAAGAACAGAUUGUGAUUUGUCUUAAUCAUAACUACAGUUUAUAAUACUUAUUUCUUUUAGUAAUGUUGUGGAAUGGCAAUAGGGUCUUUGCUUAUAGUCUUUUUUCCCAAAAUUGAUUCCUGCAUAUUAGUGUUUUUAUUUUGUACUUAAGAUUUUAAUUGAUAAGUAAUAAUCAAGUAUCAGACAAAUUUAUAUUUAAGGCAUAAAUGAAAAUGAUACUUUAAUAAUUUUACAGUGAUUUAUUUUUGAAUGCUUUUUUGAGUGUAAAUUAAAAUUGGCUUUUUGUGUUUACUCGAUAAAUAAGAAAAUGAUCAAAUCUGCAAACAUGUACAUCCUGGAGAAAUAACUGAAUAUUGUUUACGCCAUUGUUUAUGAUCCUGGCAUUUUUUCCUUUUUUAUACAGAUAUUUGCAAUGGCUGUUAUGAAUGACAUUGCUGUAUGUUAACAAAUGUGAAUAAUAUUUUCAUAGAGUGAAGAAUCGGCCAAGGGAAUUUGUAAAUAUGAAAAAAAUGUUGCUUUUGUAUUCCUGUAUUGUUGUUCAAUUUUUUUACCUUUAUGCAAUUAAGUUUAACACAACUCUUGUUUCUGUAUAUAUCUGUCAUUUCUGUAGUAGUUUCCUACCCAUCAGCUACACAAACACAAAUGACACAUCCUGUGUGUCCCUAUAAUUUUAGCUGUUUGCUUAUAGAUUCUUUCCUGUCUGUUUUUAAAAGCUGUUUCACUUUGUGCUUUGCUUGUUUCUAUUCCUCUUCCCUCUGUACUGGUAGCACCUGAGCUUUGAUCCAUGCCUUGAAUGUAGUGAAGUACAUAUACAAGACUUUAUGUAGGUACUGGCAGCCAACGCCUAUGUUAUCAAUCUGGCUUUUGGUUAGCAUCACAUUUCAUUUUGAUUGGCAUCACAUUGUUAAAUUUAAAUUUGUCUCCCAUUACAUUUUCCCAGCUACAUGAAUAAAUAUCUUCAUUUUUAUUUUUA